CUCCCACCACCAGAAGUAAUCCAAUCCCUCGUGGACACAUACUUUGCCCGCGUCCACAACCAGCCAUACUCAUUCUUCCACCGCACAUCCUUCUACGCGAGCCUCUCAACAAUGUCUGUUCCGAGAUGUCUGUUGUUUGCUGUUCUUGCGUAUGCGGUGAGGUUCUCGGAUCAGCCUUAUUUCGUGGGCAAGGUUCAGCAGGCUUCGGAUGCGUAUUCUCGACAGUCGUGGCUGUGUGUGAUUGAGGAUCAUUUGAGUGUGGAUAAUAACCUUGACUUGUCUGUUAUUCAGACUGUCACUCUGUUGGCAAUCGUUGAUUAUACAGCUGCAAGAAUCAGUUCAGGCUGGCUACGUCUCGGUCUAGCAAUCCGUCUAUCCCAAGACGUCGACCUCAUGUCCGAACCCUCAUUCUUCCUCCCCCCAACAGAACGUGAAGAAAGAAGAAGAACCUUUUGGUCCAUCUACCUCGUCGACAAGUUAAUCUCGUGCGCCCGCUCAAGACCUGCAGCAGUCGCCGACGACGACUGCACUCUUCACCUCCCCUGCAACGAGGACGUUUUUCAAGAUAGAGGUGAAGAUGGUGAGAAUGUGCCUACGCUGCGUCAGGUUCUCAGUUGGGAUGUUCCUCUUGCUCAUCCUCCGAGUCCGUUUGGGCUUGCUGUCGUGGCUACAUCAAUCUUUGGACGAUGCACGAAAUACGCCCAUGGAAGAAGUGCAGGUGAAAUGCUCACACCACUAGAUCCCCAAUCCGACUUUGCCUUGACGAAUGCUUCGUUGCUACUCCUCGAAUCAUACCUCAAAAACCAAGAUCAACCAAUUCUGGAUCUCGUUCAAAACGGACCUCAAGCAGACACCAACAUUGACGAAAAGCAAGUCGGCCACCUCGUCUUUUCCCACGCUCUCUUCCAUCUCUGCUACUGUCUCCUAAACCACCCAUUCCUGCUGCGUCUCCGCCUUCGUCCCAUAGCAGCAAGAGUUCCAAAAAGCUUCACAUCCAACGCGUUCCACGCAGCGCAAGAAAAUGCGAGAAAACUUACGGAUCUGCUUGUGGCGGGAACUACUGGUGUUGUGCCGAUGGAGUCUUCGUUCUACACGUACUGUGCUUCCAUCGCGGCGGGGAUUCAUUCUCUGGCUUUUGGAGCGCAGCAUCAGGGUGUUGAUGUUGAUCAGUAUGAUAGUCAGAGGUAUUAUCAGCGGUGUAUAGAGGUGUUGGAAAGACUGGGUGUUUUGUGGCCUAUGGUUCCCAACAUGUUGACCAAACUCCGAGAAUUCGACGCCCAUUCCGAAUCCUACGCCCACCUAUUCAACGCAGCCUGUCUCGCCGACGAACUAGACGGCAUAGCAGAAAACACCCUCUGGUCACUCGUCGACUAUGGUAUGCUGGCUAGGGAAGUGUCUGGGAAUUCUCCCGCGCAUGUGUCAUUCUUGUCGAAUCUGCCAUCGCCGAGUAAAUGGAUUCCAGGUGGUGACUACAUGGCUACGUCUCCGACGAGCGAGGCGAGGAAUCAGUUACUUUUCGUAGGGACUCAGGAACCGUUGACUCGUUUAUGA